AUGUCGACCAUAGGGAGAGAUCUCGCCAAAGUUUCCGACUUGCGAGAGUAUCUCGAAAGCACUCCGUUUGCUGCUGAAGAGAUCGUUAUGCUCUCUGGCGGUUCUGCGAAUUAUGCGUUUCGAAUCAAACUGAAAACAUCAUACAAUGGAAGAUCCACGGUGAUUGUAAAGCAUGCAAAGCCUUAUGUGGCUACUUCCUUGCAUAGAUUCCCAUUCGAUCUGGCAAGACAGAGGUUUGAGGUUGAAGCACUCAAACACGUUCACGCCUUGAAUCCCCCGGGCUCUCUUGUCACAGUCCCACGAGUGAACCUUUUCGAUGAGAAGGAGAAUGUCAUUAUCAUGGACGACUGUGGGCCAAACUCUGUUACGCUCAAACAGUUCGUGAUCGACGGACAGUGUACGCCUGCUCUAGCAGAGAAAAUCGGUGGUGCUUUAGGGAGUUUCCUGAGUGGACUUCACCAUACAUGGGGCAGGAUGGGCGUUUCUCGUUUGAUUGAAGCCCUACGAGGGAAUGAGCAGGGAAAGCAGAUCUCUGCUUGGGCUGUUUACGGGAGGUUGAGUUCGACAAUCAGAGGAGAGGAUCCGAUGUCGAACAUAUCGGAGAAUCCACCUGAAAUUGGAGAAAUCGAGCUCAAAAAAAUGGAGGAGAUUGGAAAGGAGAUUUCGGCUGGUAUCCUGUCUGCAGAAGAGAACUUCGUCAUGGGCGACUUCUGGACCGGUAAUAUACUUCUUGACCUCGAUGACGGUGGCUCUGAUAUCAAGCACAUCUUUAUCAUUGAUUGGGAACUUGCAAAGCCUGGCCUGCAUGGUUUGGAUGUCGGUCAGUUCUGCGCUGAGGUCGACCUCAUUCGCCGAUUCCAUUCAUUGAACGCAGAUGUUUCGUCGAGGAUAAUAGCUUCCUUCUUUCACUCGUAUUCGAACCUGAACGCUGAGAAAGACGUUGCGCUGUAUCAGACUGCUCUCGCUCACUGGGGAGCUCAUUUGGUUAUCUGGACGCCGCGUGUGCAAUGGGGAGGUCCUGCAGAGACUCGAGUUGUUGUUAAAGACGGCGUCAAACUGUUAUUAGAAGGAUACGAGUGCCCUGAAGAUGGAAUUGAAAGGAGAUUUCAAUAG